GGCAGUGUGAAGGCAACUAUCUCUGCGUCACUUUCCUUCGACGUCGCAGCCCUCAUGACGGUCCUUACCGGUUGAUCUGUUGUGGUCGCAGCACCUUCCUCUGUCCUUCAACUGGAAAAUGUACUACAAAUUCAGCGGAUUUACUCAAAAACUGACGGGCUCUGCUCCCACGGUUGCCUACAAUCCUCAGGGGCUGAAGCCAUCUAUCCCUGCUGAGUCCCCCACAAUGAUCUUCGCCACCCCCACCAAGGUGGUGUCAGAAGCGGGGGCUGUAGCAGAGUACAUGGGAACAAACAAGGUUCCUGAUCUCCAGAGGUUUUUCCAGACAUCAGACGGCGUCCCCGUUCAUUUAAAGCGCGGGUAUCCCGACAAGCUUCUGUACCGCACCACCAUGGCUCUGACUGUAGGAGGCGUCGUCUACUGCCUGGUGGCUCUCUACUACGCAGCCCAGCCAAAGAGGGGGUGAUCAACAAACACCAAGGAUUUUCUUUAAGCACCUGUGACUUUCUGCUGCUCGCCAUUCAACCUCUUUGGACUCUAUAAGAUGAGAAUUUAUCACUUUAUACCUUCUCUUUCACACCAGAGGGGUUGGGCCCACUUGACCAAGGUUCAAAAUGUAGUGAAGUGAAGAGAAAUAAGUUGAUGAAACUUGUUUAACAAGUAAACGAUUUAAGACAUUCAGAUCAUCAUUUCUUUAUUUACUAUAAUUCAAUCAGAAUUUUUUUGGAAGGUUUUCCUGUUAUUCCUGUAUAUUCUGGCCCCAUAAUGUUUAUAACUACACACACACAGAACAAAACAAAUGAUUGCAGUAAAAAUGUCUGCUUUGUUUGGAAAAGAUGUAUAACUUAAUAAAUUUUAAAUGGUAUGC